GAGUGUGUUUGUGUGAGUGUGGGUUCUGUGCUGGACCGGUCCCCUACACAUGCCCCUUAUCGCACACUUUCCAGAUAGAAGUCGUGUAACACGUGUGACAUCACUAGUGAGAGGACAGAGAGGAUAAAUGUCAAUGCUACUUGUAGGUUAGCUGUUUUCAGCAGGUAGUUGGUAGCUUUCCACCUACUCUGGUUAGGGUCUGUAGCCCUACUCUAAACCAGUAGGCCUCUGCUGUUUGGCCGGCCUAUCACAUUUGUUUGUAGAGGCUGCUAGGCCUAUCACGUUUGUUCAUAGAGGCUGCUUGGCCUAUCACGUUCGUCCUUAGAGGGCCCAAACAAACACCAACUUCCUUCCAUCACCUAAUUUCUCACCUGUGUCAGUUCCCCCGCCCGAAAACCAACCAUACGAUUCCCCCCGAGCUCCCCUGCCUCCCCCCCCGACACCCCCCCACCUCGGGCCCGUGGAAACCACCCCCCACACCACCAGGGCCCAUUUCCCGCCUCUGCCUCCACCCCGUGGUCUCACAAGCUGACCAACAUUUACUUCCUGUUCGUCAAGAGGAAAGGGGGUUCCCCUUUCAUGGAAUGCGGCAACAUGGGCGUGUUUGACCGCGGAGUUCAGAUGCUGCUGACCACGGUCGGUGCGUUCGCCGCCUUCAGCCUCAUGACCAUCGCCGUGGGGACGGAUUACUGGUUGUACUCCCGAGGGACGUGCAAAUCCAAGAGCAACAACGAGAACGAGACCGUGAAGAAGAACGAGGAGGUGAUGACACACUCCGGCCUGUGGCGGACCUGCUGCCUGGAAGGUAAGAUCAAGAUCAAUAGGCUGAGGCCUGGUCUAAGAUCAGUUCCUGUAAACCCUGGAUCAGUAAUUGUAGCCCUCUUCAGUUCAAGUACAAAUCUUGGAUCAGGUUAACAGUGUAGUUUGGAAGUGUAGCCUGGUCUAGAAUCAGUUCCUGUAGGUACCUGCAGGCCUUGUUUGUCUCUGCAGUUGUCUUAAGGCUUAAGGUCUGGUCUAGGAUCAGUACGGUCCACCCACAAGCACUGGAUCA